AUGACGCAACAUCGACCAGAUGGGGAUGUCUCCCCCAUGGACAUCAGUCCUCGUUCAGUUUCCCCAGAGGACCCGAAUCUCCAACCUGGUCCCCCAUCUGUUUCCAAAUCAACCUCCGAUACUCUCCUACCUCCUGUCGGUCUUAAGAUUACAACCUUGUCAAACCCUCCAGGGUCGACCAAAGAAACGAAGCCAGCCUCAAACGAAUUGGCUUCCGGUCACGGCAAGGCACCUUUAUCAGCCAUACCAAGAUCCACCCCAGCUUCAACCAAGUCGCUCAAGGGCCACGGCAUCAGCGACCGAGACUUUGGCCUGGCCGUUGACGGUGACGGACAAGACAAUAGUCAGGCGCCCUCGAGGCCGAGCAUACAGUUCACCCGCGCAGAUGGCAUCGAUACGCCACCAACAUUUAUGCGAGGCAAUUCAUGGGAAGAGCCAGAAACCCCAGGCAAAUCUCGUGGUGCCUCAUUGAUGUCCAAACUCAAGGCUCUCACCAACAAUAGUGGCGUGUCGACACCAAAGUCAUCUACUGUAGCUGGACCUUCGGGUCAAGGCAAUCAAUCAAACAUCAACUCUCCGACGCGACCGAGCCGUGGAAUCCCUGGCACUUUGACAGAGGAGGACACUGACGCCGAUGCCGACGCUGAGGAAACAGCCGAUGAGGGCAGCCCCGGAGACGGCAAAUCAAAGAAAAAGAAACAGAAGAGGAGGAUGCGCCGCACAAAGAAGGCAACCACUUCUACACCCGGAACGCCUCGGCGCUUUGUGAGCGACAUUGAUGUGUUGGAUAGCUUCGACCAGCUGGUUAAGCGCCGUGCAAGUAUGCCCGAUACAACUGUCCCUGAGUAUGGUGUCUCCGAAGGCGAAGGUAGAGACCGCUUGGGCAGGGCUUUCCGUAGAGGAAACUCUUGGAUGACUUCGGCUGUGCGACACCAUGGCGAGGAAACUGAUGAGGUCGAGAGCCCUGGAGCGGUCGGACGACGAACAGGUCACGUCCGCCGAAUUACCGUUUUUGGUGGUGGAGGGGUUUCGGAUGGUGAUGCUAUGACACCUCGACGUCCCUUCUUCACUUCUGAACGUGCGUCUACUUUCGGUGCUCAGAAGUGGAAGCAAGUCAAGAACACACUCAAACUCCUUCGACAGAAGAAAGAAGACCGUUUUGACUAUUUUAAAUCGGCCGAGUUGAUGGCCGAACUAAGGGCUGGUGCUCCCGCCGUUCUUAUGCUUGCUAGCAUGAUACAAAGAGAUGAACACGGGAAUAAGAGGAUCCCAGUUCUUCUUGAGCAGCUCAAGCUUCGCAUUACCGAUAGCUCUCCCAUGGAGGAUGACGACAAGGACCGACACUGGCUAUUCACUAUAGAACUGGAAUACGGAAGCGGACCGAGCAGAAUGAGUUGGACCGUAACUCGAACGCUUAGAGAUAUCUACAAUCUACAUUUGCGUUACAAGUUUGCUAUCAACAACGACAAGUACAUGCCAGGGCGCAUGGACUUGGGUGGCCGGCCGAAGCAACCCAAAUUUCCAUAUUCGGCCUUCCCCUAUCUUCGCGGUGCUCGCAAGAAGGGAGAAGAAAGCGACGAAGAAGAUCAAGCGAGGAUUCGCGGAGAAGAAGAGACAGCUGGCGAGGGUACAGCAACUGAAGCAGCAGGAGACGGCAUUUUCAGUGACCCCGAAAAUCCCGGUGGCCUCCCACGAAGGAAGUCUCGCAAUUUCCUGGGAAUGGGCCCAAGGCGCAGAUCCACAGGCAUUACCGAUCCUGGGGAUAUGUCCAACCCAGAGGGUCCAGGAAUGCCUGCUAUGGACAUGGCAACGCGGAGACAACGUUAUGUUGAGAAGCAACGGCGUAUUCUUGAAAAGUACUUGUCUGAGAUGAUCAGAUGGCUAAUGUUCAGAGCUGACAGCAACCGACUCUGUCGCUUUCUCGAACUCUCGGCACUUGGCGUUCGCCUCGCCGCCGAGGGUAGUUACCACGGAAAGGAGUGUUACCUUCAUAUCCAACCUUCGAAGGGUCUAGACUUUCGCCGUGCUUUGACACCAGCAAAGGUUAUCUCUCGACACAGUCGGAAAUGGUUCCUGGUACGACAGAGCUACAUCGUCUGCGUGGAGUCCCCCGAAAACAUGAACAUUUUUGAUGUGUACCUAGUCGAUUCGAAAUUCAGUAUUUCCUCGAAGCGAAGCAAGGUUAAGGCGAUUGGCUCCGCUGAGAAGAAGGCUGAGAUCGAUUUGACUGUGGAGGCACCCCCUGACAAACAUCACACUAUGACUCUUCGCUCAUCCGAACGCAAGGUCCGCCUCUUCUCCCGCAACCAAUCCGUGAUGAAGCAGUUUGAGGACUCCAUCAACCAGAUGCUCAAGCAAACUCCCUGGUAUCAGAACAAACGAUUUGACAGUUUCUCUCCUGUGCGAAAUCAUGUAUUUGCCCAAUGGCUCGUCGACGGCCGCGACUAUAUGUGGAACGUUUCUCGAGCUAUCAAUAUGGCCCGCGAUGUUAUUUACAUCCACGAUUGGUGGCUAAGCCCCGAGCUGUACAUGCGCAGACCAGCAGCUAUCAGCCAGAAAUGGCGACUGGAUAGACUGCUGCAGAAGAAAGCUAGGGAAGGUGUUAAAGUCUUUGUCAUAGUAUACCGAAACGUCGAAGCUGCCGUUCCGAUAAAUUCCGAGCAUACUAAGUUGUCAUUGUUGAACCUCCACCCUAACAUCUUUGUACAACGGUCCCCCAACCAAUUCAAGAAGAACCAAUUCUUCUUCGCUCAUCACGAGAAGAUCUGCAUCGUGGAUCACGAUGUAGCCUUUGUUGGAGGAAUUGAUUUGUGCUUUGGACGAUGGGAUUGUCCUCAGCAUCCUAUCGUCGACGACAAACCAACUGGAUUUGAGAUGUCUGAGACACCUAAGGAUGCAGAGCAUUGCCAGUUAUUCCCCGGAAAGGAUUAUUCAAAUCCUCGAGUGCAGGACUUCUUCAGGCUCAACGAGCCAUAUGAGGAAAUGUACGACCGAAGCAAGGUACCUCGCAUGCCCUGGCAUGAUGUUGCUAUGCAAGUUGUGGGCCAACCUGCGAGAGACUUGACGCGCCACUUUGUCCAGCGUUGGAAUUAUCUUCGCCGAGGGCGGAAGCCUACACGCCCGUUACCAUUCCUGCUCCCCCCGCCGGACGCUAAUGUAGAUGAGUUGAAGGAGCUGGGUCUAACCGGCACUUGCGAAGUCCAAAUUCUCCGAUCUGCCACCACUUGGUCAUUGGGGAUCGAACAGACUGAGCACAGUAUUCAGAAUGCAUACAUCAAAAUGAUCGAGGAGUCAGAUCAUUUUGUCUAUAUGGAAAACCAGUUUUUCAUUACCAGGUACUGA